UUAGUUUUGGAUCUCAAAAGUCGGGUUGUUUGGUGUGGGCUGUCGAUUAUAGUUUUGGUUUCAGUGAUUCGACACUGAAUCAAUCCGGUACGAAUGUGCGAGAGACAAGCGUUUUGUGUAGUAGCGAGUUUGUGCCUAAACUUUUUUUCACCUGCGCGGUGACGCCAAAGCCAUAUAUCUGCCCUUCCCUGUGUAAUUGGCCUGGUGGAGAAGAAGGGUAGCGCGCUUUUGGUUGAUCCAAUCUGGGUUGUGAAAGAUGGGUUCGCUGGGAGUGAGUGAUGAUCUUAAGGAUGCCCUGCCGGUGAAUGGCGGCGUGGCGGUGGCGGAUGAUAGUGUUGAUGUGGAGUUCGACCCCAGUGCACCGCCGCCCUUUAGGAUUGCGGAGAUUAGGGCUGCCAUUCCCAAGCAUUGUUGGGUGAAGAAUCCAUGGAGGUCACUAAGCUAUGUGUUGAGGGACUUCAUUGUUGUGGCUUCUUUAAUGGCUAUGGUGGUUUACUUGAAUAAUUGGGUGUUUUGGCCUGUUUAUUGGGCUGCACAGGGCACUAUGUUUUGGGCCAUUUUUGUCCUCGGUCAUGACUGUGGCCAUGGCAGUUUCUCUGACAGUGCCUUGCUCAAUAGCGUGGCUGGACACAUUCUCCAUUCGUUCAUUCUUGUACCGUACCAUGGAUGGAGGAUUAGCCACAGAACCCAUCACCAGAAUCAUGGAAAUGUUGAACGUGAUGAGUCUUGGGUUCCGUUGACUGAGAGUUUAUACAAGAAGCUGGAUUAUUCAACUAAAUUUUUGAGAUUCAAGAUUCCUUUUCCUUUACUUGCCUACCCUGUCUACUUGAUAUGGAGAUCUCCAGGAAAAAAUGGCUCUCAUUUCAGCCCUUAUAGUGACUUGUUUCAACCCGAGGAAAGAAUGUGCAUUGUUAUUUCAACUGUCUGCUGGUCGACAAUGGCUUCUAUUCUUGUUUAUCUUUGCACUGUGUUUAGUCCACUCCUAGUUUUCAAGCUUUACGGUGUUCCCCUCUUGAUUUUUGUCAUGUGGUUGGAUCUCGUCACCUACUUGCAUCACCAUGGUUACGAUAAGAAGGUCCCGUGGUAUCGUGGCAAGGAAUGGAAUUAUUUGAGGGGAGGAUUAACGACAAUUGACCGCGAUUAUGGAAUCAUUAACAACAUCCAUCAUGAUAUUGGCACCCACGUUAUCCACCAUUUGUUUCCCCAGAUUCCCCACUAUCACUUAAUUGAAGCUACGAAAGCUGCAAAGCACGUGCUGGGGAAGUACUACAGGGAGCCGAAGAAGUCGGGGCUGAUUCCGAUCCAUCUCAUUCCCAUUCUAACGAAGAGCAUGAGCGAGGAUCACUAUGUUAGCGACGAGGGGGAAGUCGUUUUCUACCAGACUGAUAUAGAUCUAAGCGCUAAGAAAGACGCUUGAGAGGGGGAGGCUCUUCUUCUGCUUUUAAGUAGAGUUUAUCUGUCAAAGACUAGAAGUUCUGGCAUAUUGCCAUAUUUCCCUAGUUAUUUACAGUAGAAGAGAAAUGAAGAAGCAAUGCUUAUACAGUGUACUUUGGGGCAAAAGAAUGGGUGUUUUUGCCCAUUCCAGGCCUCAAUCCAUUGCAAUGAAAUUUUGCUAAUGGAAUAAAAAUGAUUGAUAAUUAUUGAGUCCUUGAAAGUCUUUCUUUUGUGCAGAACACUGC